GUGCGUUGAUGUUACCGCUUUACACCUGGGGGUAAUCGAUGCGAGGUAACUUCCUCCUCCACUUCUGGCUGUUUGCCUUCACAUCGGCGAGAGUUGAGAAGUCCAGACGCCGCCAGUAUCCGACGAAGGAAAGCGUACAACAUGUCUCCUCGUUUUUGACUAGCUUAAAAGCGAGCGCAUUUAUCACUUUUUUGAAAAAUACGUGUAUACUUUUUUCGUAUUCCUCCGAGCCGCCACCGACGACAAUGUUGGCGUCAUGUAGGCUCUGCUCCUCCUUACACUUUGGAAAACAAAUCGGGUUUUGUCGGUGAAUUCUCGGGAGAUGGUAGAAUAGUUCGACCUGUGUUCUACACAACAGCCUCCGAAAAAGCACUUUGACACACAGGAGACCGGUCUUCAAUGACAGCUGGUGACAUGUUUGUUCUGGUUCUGAUUGCCCUGGUCCUUCCCUCUACCAGUUUGCAAGAUGAGGGCAGUGUGAGAAACUCUGAAUGUUCAUGUGAGGGAUCAUCGUGCACCAGUGGGGACCGCUGUUAUGGCCAGCAGUGCUUCACUUCUCUCUCGGUACAAAAUGGGACAUCAGUACUUCAAAAAGGCUGCGUUGUGGCUGACAAACGUUCACUACAAUGUGAAAGGCCGCCGUCUCCGGAGCUGGUGGUGCAAUGCUGCUCUGGGGAUUUGUGUAAUAUGAAUGUCUCCAGGCAGUCACUGGUGAAAGAUACAGAACGCAGUGCUGGUAGACCGGUCCUCAGUCACCAGGAGUGUGUGUGUGAGGGCAGCAUGUGUGAGCGUGACCAUCGCUGCACAGGGCAGCACUGUUUCUCCUCUCUGAGGAUGAUUGAUGGAGCAGCUGUCCAACAGAAGGGCUGCCUGAGGGACGAUGAGGAGGGCAGAACCACCUGUGCCAUGGCACCUUCAGCGGCCCAUGUUGUCAAGUGCUGCCAGGGCCAUCUGUGUAACAUGAACGUCACAGUGCAGGCUCCUGGGAAAGAGGAGGAAGUGAAGGCCUUGAUAAAACAGGAGCACGAGUGUGUGUGUGAAGGCAGUUCGUGUGAAACAGGAAAUCGCUGCAUGGGCCACCAGUGCUUCUCCUCCUUGACUGUUAGCGGUGGAUCAUUGGUUUAUCAGAAAGGCUGCUUUAAGGUCUAUGAGCAGAGCACCAUGACCUGCAAGACCCCACCUUCCAGGGACCAGAUCGUGGAGUGCUGCCAGGGCCCCCUGUGCAACAUGAACAGCACCGUGCAGCUGCCCGUCAAAGCUGAUGAACUGCCAAACUACAGCGUGACCACACUCAUUGUUGUCAUUGUGGCGCCCAUCAUCGUCCUCAUCAUCCUUUCUGCUGUUGCUAUCCUGGUGUUCAGACGCAUCCACCACAACCAAAUGGAGAGACUGACAACACGAGAUGCCGAAUAUGGAACCAUCGAUGGCCUCAUUGCAUCAAAUGUGGGGGAGAGCACUCUGGCGGAUCUGCUGGAUCAUUCCUGCACUUCAGGCAGUGGCUCAGGACUUCCAUUCCUAGUUCAGAGAACCGUGGCUCGACAGAUUACACUCAACGAGUGUGUGGGUAAGGGCCGUUUCGGUGAAGUGUGGAGGGGUCAGUGGCAGGGAGAAAGUGUUGCCGUGAAAAUCUUCUCCUCCAGAGAUGAAAAGUCCUGGUUUAGAGAGACUGAGAUCUACAACACGGUUCUGCUGAGACAUGAGAAUAUUCUGGGUUUCAUAGCUUCAGACAUGACCUCCAGGAACUCCAGCACUCAGCUAUGGCUCAUUACCCACUUUCACGAAAUGGGCUCUUUAUACGACUACCUUCAACUCAGCACCCUGGAUGCAUCUAGCUGCCUCCGCAUGGCGCUCUCCAUCGCCAGUGGCCUGGCACAUCUUCACGUGGAAAUCUUUGGUACACAGGGCAAACCGGCCAUCGCUCACCGAGACCUUAAAAGCAAAAACAUUUUGGUGAAAAAAAACGGACAGUGCUGCAUUGCUGACCUUGGUCUCGCAGUCAUGCAUUUUCAAGACACUAAUGAACUGGACGUGGGGAACAAUCCUAAAGUGGGUACAAAGCGCUACAUGGCCCCCGAGGUGCUCGACGACAGUAUCCAGAUGGAUUGUUUCGAGUCCUUCAAAAGAGUGGACAUCUGGGCCCUGGGCCUCGUCCUGUGGGAAAUUGCCAGGAGGACAGUCAGCAAUGGUAUUGUAGAAGACUACAAGCCACCUUUUCACGACGUGGUACCCAGUGAUCCCAGUUUUGAAGAUAUGAAGAAAGUUGUGUGUGUGGAUCAGCAGAGGCCCAACAUCCCCAAUCGAUGGUUUUCAGACCCAACUUUAACCUCCAUGGCCAAGCUCAUGAAGGAAUGCUGGUACCAGAACCCGUCAGCCCGAUUAACAGCGCUGCGCAUCAAAAAGACUCUCACAAAGAUCGACAACUCUCUGGACAAAAUCAAAACUGACAUUUGAGAAGACACUAAAAGGCCUUUAAAGAGUAAAGAUAUCCAGAGGAUGGACAGGUGGAGAGGAAAACCUCAACAAUCAAGAGACUUUGAUGGGUUCGAUGCCCUUAUAGUGGCACAGACCUAUAUUUAUUUUAAAUGAAUUACUUGG